AACAUAUAUUUUAUUGAAAUCAUUUAAACAGGUGUGAAUCAAAGACAACUAAUUAUGAGUAAUUAUUGAUUUAUCGGUUUAUCAUCGAUAUUUGUUAUCCAAUAACGAUACUUUGUUGAUAAUGCUUUGCACUGAAUCAAAGACAGCUUAAGUAUCAUUCUUGUAAAAGAUUUGGUGUAACUGAUCAUAUAAGAGCUGGUCUGCAUUUCACAAAAUGUCCUACGUGUACCAAGUCCUAGGACUUAUGACAAACUAAAGGACUUAUUUAAGACUGUUCCAAAAAAUUUUUUUUUUACUUUUAUUUUAGUCAUUCUCCGGAGUAAAGAUAAAAAAUUCAAUGCCAUGCUUUUCAAUUUUCUAUGUGUAAAUGUUAAUCAGCAAUUGAGCAUAGCUAUUUAGAAAUAAUUGAAAAGUCUUAACAUAGGAGUCAUAAAUAAGGACAUUUUCUUCGAAACGAAAAUUGUCUCAGUUUUGGUCUUAAGACAUAUUUUAGACUAAGUACUUUUCAUGAAACACAACCGUCUAAAUUUACAGCUUACAGGAUUAUGGAAUAAGUUAACAACUCGUAAACGUGUAAUGGUAGAACCUAGAGCAGCUGAUAGGGAAGAUUUUGAUGGCAUGAUGAAAGCAUUCUAUGAGGUUGUCAAGGGAGAUCUAUAUAAUCCUUAUCUGGAUGAAGCUGAGUGUAAUGAUGAUGACUCUGAGAUAGAUGGCGCUCUAUUCUUUGCUGUAUGCCGCGGUAAAGUUAGCGAGGGGAUGGAUUUUGCUGAUGACAAUGCCAGAGCUGUUAUUACAGUUGGAAUACCUUAUCCUAGCUUUAAAGAUGUCCAGGUGAAGCUUAAAAGAGAAUACAACGACAAACAUAAGAUUGAUAGAGGACUUCUAAGUGGAGGUGACUGGUAUGAAAUCCAGGCAUUUAGGGCAUUAAACCAGGCUCUAGGAAGGUGUAUAAGACACAGAAAAGACUGGGGAGCCUUGAUCAUUGUUGAUGAUAGAUUUGUUAAAAGAACAGAAAAAUAUUGCAAGAGUUUGUCAAGAUGGGUAAGAUCGAAGGUACAAACAUUUGAUGUGUUCUCUGACUUUCUCACGUCCAUGUCAAACUUUACUGAGAAAAUGAUCAAAGAAAUGCCAAAAGUGAGUCCAGACACGUCAUUUAUUCCCAGUACACCAUGUGAUGACAGAAGAGAUUCUGUUUAUAAGAGACAUUCACUAGAUAAUUCAUACUUAAAUAGUACUAUACAGGCUUCACCCUAUUUCACGUAA